AGGACCCUCCCUAACUCCAACAUGGCGGCGUCCGUACGGGUGUACAGUGCCCUCCGCAUCACUAUUGGAGUUGCAGCAUCGGUCCGUGCAGCUGCGGGAGUGGUUCAUAUGUCUCAUUUGGCAAAUCGAGCCUCAGCUGCUUCUCUCCAGAGACAUCCUACGCUGACCCCACCAACAACAUGGCAGCAGACCAGACAUGGCAGCUUCUUUAACAAGUUGACAGCGGAGGAGCUGUGGAAAGGUGUCCUGGCAGAAUCCGGAGCUGGAUCCAGGAAGGGUCGAGGGAAGCGAACCAAACGCAAAAUAAAGAGAGACCUGAACCGAGGACAGCUUUUCGGAGAAGGUCCAGGUGGUUUUCUGUGGCCUGGUCUAAACGCUCCGGUGCUGAAGGACGGCACUGUGCCAAGGGUGAGCCAAAGGAGCGAGGCCGAGCAGCAGGAGCUCCAAGCUGAACUAGUGCGUCAGAGGGAUGAGUGGGAUCGGAAGAGGAAGAUGAAGGUGAAAAGGGAGAGGGGCUGGACAGGAAACUCAUGGGGGGGCAUCAGCAUGGGACAUCCUGACCCCGGACCCAAUGGAGAAACAUACGAGGACUUUGAUUCCCGUGUCAUUGAGGUGAAGAGUGUUUUCAACAUGACUGCUAAGGAGGGCAGGAAAAGGUCCGUCAGCUGUUUGGUCGCUGUGGGAAACGGCAACGGAGUUGCAGGCUUCGCGUUGGGUAAAGCAGCAGAUAGAAACACAGCUCUGAGGAAGGCCAAGAACAGAGCCAUCCACUACUUGUACUACAUAGAACGUUACAACAACCAAACCAUUUAUCAUGAUAUUGAGUCCAAGUUCAAGAGGACAACGCUGCGCAUGAAAAAGCAAAAUGAAGGCUAUGGUCUGCACUGCCACCGUGCGGUCAUCACGCUGUGCAAGCUCAUCGGCAUCAAGGACAUGUACUGUAAGGUGGAUGGAUCGGUCAACCUCCUCAACAUCACCAAAGCCUUGUUCACUGGGUUGGCCAGUCAGGAAACCCAUCAGUCGCUGGCCGACAAGAAGCAGCUCCACGUCGUGGAGUUUCACUCGCAUCGUGGCCUGCUGCCGGUGGUGGUGGCGAGUCCUAAAGAGGGAGCAUGUCGCAACCCCGAAUUAGAGGACGAGAUCCCAAACACCAGGCUGCACUGGGACGACGUGCGAGCCGUGCAGGGAACCAAGCACUCGAUCUGGGCUGGUGUCAAACGUACCAUCUGGUAGAUCAGAAAGCAGGACAGAUGGUUAAACUGACUGAAGCCAAGAAAGUCAACUUGUAGAGCGAGACAGAAGAUCAGUUUUUGUUGAUGAUCUCCACAUAAAGUGGGUUAAGUUUGUAAAUGUCUGUUUCUUUUGUAAACUAAAGUCAAUAAAUGUUUGUCAAUG